GGAGGAAUUUCUAAGGAAUCGGCUAGCCAGAAAAAAACAUGCUGAGAACAGUGACGAAUCUUCCUUGAAUUAUCUGCUUAUGCAAAGAAAGGCUGAAAAAUGUCACAGCAACUGGUAAAAGAAGCCUUUCUAAGUAACCUGAAUGGAACAACCUUACUUGAAAUUUCUGUUGGCUUACCUCUUGCACCAUUAUGCGUUCUUACCAGAGGGUUGCUCCUAAUUUUCUAUUUUCUCCAUUAUGGAAGACCUUUAUGCUCAACGUAUGGCAAUUUUUUUCUAGACUUUACUGUUUUAAUCGUCCCUCCGGUACUUUCCUAUACAAUUUUAGCUUCCGUAUUCCCUUUUGUGAUCCUCUCCAUUAUGGUAUUCUGCAUAGGCUUGAUUUCUAUCAUUUAUACUAAACGGACAAAUUAUGCCCAAGUGUCACAUAAGCAAAUCUCAGAUGAUUUCCUGAGAACCAAAUUGGACCCGGAAUACAUUCCCUCCGUAACUUCGCUUCGAGUGUUCAUCAAUUUGUGGACAUCCAUUAGCAUCCUGGCUGUAGACUUCCCACAGUAUCCCCGGAGAUAUGCCAAAACUGAGACUUAUGGGACAGGAGUGAUGGAUUUGGGAGUUGGAAUAUUUGUUUUUGGAAAUGGUGUGGUUUGUCCAGAGGUUCGGCUGAAACCUGGUGCAACGCAACACAAAUUCUUUUAUCUCUCAAGGCAGUUGUUGACCGUAUGGCCCCUCCUUCUCCUUGGCUUCGGACGACUAAUGAGUGUUAAAGCAGCUGACUAUUAUGAGCAUGUCACUGAAUAUGGGGCACACUGGAACUUUUUCUUCACUUUAGCUGCUAUACGAAUAGGUGCAUCGCUGCUUCUGACUGUAUUCCCUGUGCACAAAGCCUGGAUCGCUGCAGUCAUGCUUGCUGUAGUUUAUGAAUGCUUUCUUGAUGUUACGCCCCUGAAGAUGUUUAUUUUGCAUGGAAGCGAUGGGCAAGAUUCAAGGACUGGUUUUCUAAAUGCCAACAGAGAGGGUAUAUUUUCUGUCAUCGGUUACCUUGCUGUCUACCUGUCUAGCGUGCAAGUAGGUUUGUAUUUGUUAGGAAAAAGAACAGCAGCAAAAGAGUGGCUUAAAGUAAUCUGCUACUUUUUACUGGCAAUUCUUCUCCUUUUUAUAUGCCUCCACAUUGCUCAGUUGUACUUUGACACUGUGUCCCGAAGAAUGGCAAACCUUUCUUUUUGUAUAUGGAUUGUUGCUAGCUGCUUGAUUCUCUUUAGUUCUUUUUUAGUGGUUGAUCUCAUUCUCGUAUUCACAAAGCUUCUUGUGGGUGGGGCUGAUAUUCCUAGUAGUUGGAAUGUUCUGCACUCAUCAACAUAUAAAAAAUCUAAUUUGGAAUUCCGGCACAGAAAGACCAAAUCUCAGAGUAUGUGUAUGAUCAAUGCUGUGAACAAAAACCAGCUUCUGUAUUUUUUGCUAGCCAAUGUUUUAACUGGUCUUGUAAAUAUGCAGGUUGAUACAGUACACAGCAGCACACUCUCUGCCAUGUUAAUAAUGCAUUUAUAUAUGUUUACAAACUGUUUGGUUAUGUAUUUAUUGCAAGCAAAAAAUAUAAUUUUAAAAUGUUGGUAAUUUAUAAAACUGCAGCAAUGUGUCUAGACAGCCCCCAGGCGUGAACACUGACUUGAAGGUACAAAAAUAUUGCCAAUAAAAAUUAUAAAAGCUGCAGUUCCUUUAUGAAAUAUAAACCCUGGUAUUUUUCGUUAGAUUUAUAUGCAUGAGAUAGUGUAAUUUUUUUUGCUGGAAUAUUUAGUAACCGACUUAUGGGAAAUGGAAAAGAAUUAUUUUUAACCAGAGGCUUUUUGCCAUGUGAUAGUUUGCAAAUUUUUGUGACAUCAUGAAAUAUAAAAGCCAUUAUCAUUGGGUUGGGACAAUUUUUUAUUUUGUAAGGGAUUAAAGGAUAAAAUUUAUAAAGACAAAGGCACCUGUUUUGAUUUUUAUUUUA